AUGGGUAUGACCAACGAGCGUCAGAGCGUCACGGAUGGGGAGCGUCGGCUGAUGGAUACAUACGAACCACACGGUCGGAGGGGGAGUGCGCGCGAGAUAUUGCAUGGAAUGAGGGAGACGCAGCAGAGGGCAGCAGUGGCCAAAAUUCAGCGUUGCGGAUUGGAGGCCGUACAGCAGAGGGGGAAGGGGAAGAGCAUGGAGGAGCUAGCAAUGGCUUUACAGGCAGUGCAUCUCCCCGUCGAGAAUGAUGAACAGGAUCAGGCACAGAGGGUGGAACGCAAAAAUAGGAUGGUGUAUCAGAGGCAUGAGGCACGAACAAAGAAGAGAGCGGAAGAGGAGAAAAGGAAGGUGGAGCACGAAAAGGAGGAGAAGCAGCAGAGGGAGGAGGAAGAGCGAAAGAGGGAGGAGGCGAGUAAGGUCGAGCGCGAAAUGGAGCAGAAGCAACAGAGGGAGGAGGAAGAGCGAAAGAGGGAGGAGGCAAGAAAGGUGGAGCGCAAAAAGGAGGAGAAUCGGCAUAGGGAGGAGGAAGAGCGGAAGAGGGAGGAGGCGAGACAGUUGGAGCGCGAAAAAGAGGAGGUGCGGCAGAGGGAGGAGGAAGAGCGGAAGAGGGAGGAGGCAAGAAAGGUGGAGCGCAAAAAGGAGGAGAAGCGGCAGUUGGAGGAUGAAGAGCGGAAGAGGGAGGAGAGAAAGGUGGAGCGCGAAAAAGAGGAGAAACGACAGAGGGAGGAGGUGAGAAAGGUGGAGCGCGAAAAGGAUAAUCGGCAGAAAGAGGAGGAAGAGCGGAUGAGGGAGGAGGCAAGUAAGGUGGAGCGCGAAGAGGAGGAGGUGCGGCAGAGGGAGGAGGAAGAGCGGAAGAGGGAGGAGGCGAGAAAGGUGGAGCGCGAAAAGGAGGAGAAGCGGCACUUGGAGGAUGAAGAGCGGAAGAGAGAGGAGGCGAGAAAGGUGGAGCGCGAAAAGGAGGAGAAUCGGCAGAGGCAGGAGGAAGAGCGGAAGAGGGAGGAGGCGAGGAAGGUGGAGUGCGAAAAAGAGGAGGUGCGGCAGAGGGAGGAGGAAGAGCGGAAGAGGGAGGAGGCAAGAAAGGUGGAGCGCGAAAGGAAGGAGAAGCGGCAGUUGGAGGAUGAAGAGCGGAAGAGGGAGGAGGCGAGAAAGGUGGAGCGCGAAAAGGAGGAGAAUCGGCAGAGGCAGGAGGAAGAGCGGAAGAGGGAGGAAGCGACGAAGGUGGAGCGCGAAAAAGAGGAGAGGCAGGAGGAAGAGCGGAAGAGGGAGGAGGCGAGAAAGGUGGAGCGUGAAAAGAAGGAGAAGCGGCAGAGGGAGGGCGAAGAGCGGAAGAGGGAGGAGGCGAGAAAGUUGGAGUGCGAAGAGGAGGCGAAGCGGCAGAGGGAGGAUGAUGAGCGGAAGAGGGAGGAGGCGAGAAAGGUGGAGCGCAAAAAGGAGGAGAAUCGGCAGAGGCAGGAGGAAGAGUGGACGAGGGAGGAAGCGAGGAAGGUGGAGCACGAAAAAGAGGAGGUGCGGCAGAGGGAAGAGGAAGAGCGGAAGAGGGAGGAGGCGAGAAAGAUGGAGCGCGAAAGGAAGGAGAAGCGGCUGAGGGAGGACGAAGAGCGGAAGAGGGAGGAGGCGAGAAAGUUGGAGCUCGAAGAGGAGGCGAAGCUGGAGGCCAAGGAGCGAGAAACGCGCGGAAAGGAGGCGAGGGAGAAGGACGAGCGAGAGCGAAUGGGGCUGGAGGCCGGGGGGCGAGAAACGUGCGAAAGGGAGGAGGUGCGGCAGAGGCAAGAACGGGAACGUACAAAAGCUGAAAGCGAACGCCUAAGGCAAGAGCUGAGGAGGCUAGAGCGCGAAAGGCAAGUGGCAAGACAGAUGGAGGAAGCUGGUGACUAUCAUGGUCCGGAGUGUCACGGGGAUCGACGGGAGGUGAAUGCGCACCGUGGGAUGGGGGCCGCUCUGCCGAGGCACGAAAGGCAGAGAGGGGUUGCUGGGUUGGGUGAACACGGUGGCGGAGGGCAGCGGGGCUGUGAUGGGACUCGUCACACAAGCGACGGUCAGAGGGGCGCGAGGGUCUUCCAAACCCAAGCGGGAAGGGGUGCAGGGGAAGGAGCACGACAAGUGGUGGUUGGCGACCAGCCAACCAAGGGGCAGCAGGGGACGGCGAUUCGUCGGGCAGCGGAGGUGGGUUUAGCGGGGUUGGGAACUGGCGGUCCGAGACCGGUGAUUCAGCGGGAUGGUGGCCGGUGUGAUGAUCAAACAGUUCAGAAUAGGGUUGGCCAGGGAGACCAUUGGAGGCUCGAGCAGUCAAGGCAAGCUGGUCGGCGAGAGGGUGAAGCGUGUCGAGCGGUACAGGGUGAGAGAGUCGCGGAGGAGAGGGUCUGGCGUGGGGUGGGAUGGGCAGUGGAGGGAGGACGGGUGGAAGAGGAGCUGGAGAGUGCGGCAAGUGCGCUCCCUAUUCCGGGGCGCCGUCCACGUGCGGCAGAGAAUCCAGCAGCCGUGCAGGCAGGGGAACUGGAGGAGGGUGAAUGGGUGGCUGUGGAGAAUGCCGGGCCCCAGAGAGAGGCGGAGGAAAAACGCAAGGCGGAGGAAGAGAAGAGGGUGCGAGAAGAGCAGGCGCAGGAGGCAGAGCGGGUAGAGAGAGAGGCGGAGGAAAAACGCAAGGCGGAGGAAGCGAAGAGGGUGCGGGAGGUGCAAGCGAAUGAGGCAGAGCGGGUAGAGAGAGAGGCGGAGGAAAAACGCAAGGCUGAUGAAGAGAAGAGGGUGCGGGAGGAGCAAGCGAAUGAGGCAGAGCGGGUAGAGAGAGAGGCGGAGGAAAAACGCAAGGCUGAUGAAGAGAAGAGGGUGCGGGAGGAGCAAGCGAAUGAGGCAGAGCGGGUAGAGAGAGAGGCGGAGGAAAAAUGCAAGGCGGAUGAAGAGAAAAGGGUGCGGGAGGAGCAAGCGAAGGCAUUGAAGGUUGCUGAAGAGAAGCGGUCAGAGGCAUUGAAGUUGAAAAUGGAGCUCCAAGCAAAGCGCGAGAGGAUGCUGGCUCAAAUGGAAGAACUUGCAAAGUUAGAGGAAGCUGCGAAGGAAGAGGAGGAGAGGCAACAGAAAAAGUUGGAGGCGCAGAAGGAGAUGAUGGAAAAGGAGCGGCAACGGAUUGCGGCGGAGGAGGGGGGGGGGGGGGGGGGGGGGGGGGGGGGGGAACAAGGCAACGGCAGGGAGGAGACGCGAUUCUUUGCGUGGGUCCGACGAUCGGGAUUCUUCAAGUGA